AUGAAGCUCCUGGUCAUUAGCAAUCGCUUGCCACUGACAAUAAAGAAAGGCGAGAAUGGGUUUGAGUACACGAAGACAAGCGGAGGGCUGGUAACCGGUCUGAAGAGCAUAAACGACAAAAUCAGGUUCAAGUGGAUUGGUAACAUAAGUGGCGUUGAAUUAAACGAAGAGGAGAAGGAGGUGAUAAGGAAGGACUGCUGGGAAAAGUUCCACUCAAUCCCUGUGUUCAUCGAUCCUGUGUUGAACGAAGACUGCUACGAUGGCUUCUGCAACGCCAUUCUUUGGCCAAUAAUCCAUUCGUUCAAGGACGAUGUUGCGUUUACUAUCAAGAACUACAAUGCAUAUGUGGAAUACAACAGGAUUUUUUGCGACAAGAUAUGUGAGACUGUGGAAGACGGAGACAUUGUCUGGGUCCAUGACUAUCAUCUUAUGAUGGUCCCGGAAAUGCUAAGAAAGAAAUCUAAGAAAGACUUCAAGGUGAUGUUCUUCUUGCACACUCCGUUUCCGCCGGCAGAGAUCAUGGAGGUCCUUGCAUGCAGAAAGGAGAUAGUAAGCGGGAUAGCACACAGUGACCUUGUUGCAUUCCACUCGUUCGACUAUGCCAUCAACUUCCAUGACACAUGUGUGGCCAACCAAGUAGAAGUAAGGUCGAAGCUGGAUGCAAUUCCGAUAGGGAUCGAUCCCGAGAUGUUCCGGAACGCACUCAAGGAAAAGAAGACUGUAGAGAGAAUAAGGGAACUCAAGCAGAUGUUCAAGGGAAAGAAGAUACUUCUGGGUGUAGAUAGGACUGACUAUAUAAAGGGGAUGCCUCACCGCCUCAAAGGAUUCCACAGGUUCCUUGAGAAGUAUCCAGAGUCUGUUGGAAAGGUUGUGUUUCUUCAGAUUGGCGUUCCCAGCAGGACGAGCGUCAAGGAGUAUUCUUCAUACAUCACCAAGUUGAAUGAGCUUACAUCCGAGGUAAAUGGCAAGAUCGGGUCUGUUGAAGAAACACAUCUAUACUUUCUAAACAAGAGCGUGGAUUUUAAUGAGUUAUGUGCAUUGUAUGCAGCAAGCGACGUCCUUCUUGUGACAUCCCUGAUAGAUGGAAUGAAUCUCGUUGCUCUGGAAUAUGUUUCAUGCCAGGACGAGAACAAAGGCGUGCUUCUUCUGAGCGAGAGUGCAGGAGCAUCCACGACCUUAUCUGCAGCAUUGGAAAUAAACUCGUGGAACAUUGAGGAGAUUGCCGAUGGAAUACAGAAGGCCAUUACGAUGCCUAUGGAAGAAAGGAGCGAGAGACACGAGAUUAACAAGAAGGCUGUCGAUGUCUUUACAUCUGUUAAGUGGGCGGAGAGGAAUCUCGAUGGGCUCUGUGAUGGGUGGAGGAAAUCCUUGAUGCCCUGA